GAGUUUGAUAAAAAGCUUGACAGAGACGAUACAGUCUGUACUUCCCUUUCUACCACGGCUAAGUGGUCGAGAAUUCUGUUGGAUUCGCUCUUCAGGCACCUCAAGGAAGUAUACGAGAAGUUGGGGGUUCCAUUUACCCUACACUCAGAUAAUAAAUUUGGAGAUAUUGCUGUCCGGAUACAUAAAAAGCUGAUAGACUAUCAUUUGCUAGACGAAACUGAAGAGGUUGAGCCUGACGACAAAUUCUUACUUUCCCCUAUUUCUGAUAAAAUGCCACAUUUGUUUUUCCGUUAUGACCUAACGAAGUGGAAGGAUGAGGCUUUUGGCAUCUUGAAAAGUAUUGCUAAGCUUGAAAAAGAACAUGAGAUGAAAAAGAAAGCUGCCCAAGAACAUGGGGAAGUGCUAGACCCUCUGAUCUCCAAAAAGUACAUCGAGGAACAAAUUGAGUUGGCGGAGCAGUUGCCCGUUGAGGGAUUGCAGGAGGAAGCUACAGAGCUGAUUCCUAUAGUUUUCUUAGCUCCACAGACAAGACUGGUCGUGGAAGAAGUCUUGAAUUUGAUAGAUAAGACUUGCCGUGCUGUAGUUAAAGAACGGAAUGUUUUCUGGAAGCAAAAUCUCGAGUGUCGUGCCUCAGCCCGCGAGAGCAAAGGGCAUCAUUUGAAUGGGUUGAAUAAAACCCUAGAUUCAUUGCUCGAAAAGGAUUUUGACAAUAAGCUUGACAGAGAAGAUACAUUCUGUACAUCCCUUGCUUCCACUGCAAAGUGGUCUAGAAUACUGGUGGAUAUGCUCCUCAGACACCUCAAGGAAGUAUACGA